CUCUGGAGCCUCUUAUAGAAACAUGCACUUUUACUCACUCAUGAGUUCUUUAAUUCUCUUUGUGUUACUCCUCUGUAUCUCAGAUUCUGAGAGCCUGAAGACACUGAAGAAUUUAGCUGUAAGACGUGGAGGAUCUCUCAGUAUUCCAUGUUUUUAUGAUGAGAAAUACAAAUCAAACCGUAAAUACUGGUGUAAGGGGUAUUACUGGUCCUUCUGUAAAAUAGUAGCUUCUACAAACAAAAGUGGAGGAACAUCAGUCACCGAUCAUCCAACCCAGAAUAUGUUUACCGUGGAACUGAACAGCCUUCAAGACUCUGACUCUGGAUAUUAUUGGUGUGCUGUGGAAAUUGGUGGGAAUUAUGACAAGGAUUAUUUGUACCUGACGGUCAGUGCAGGUCCUGCUAUGUCAGUGAUAAACAGCAGAGUGAGUGGUCAGGAAGGGGGCAGUGUCAGUGUCCAGUGUCUCUACAGUGCUGAAUAUAAGAAUAUACAGAAGCAGUGGUGCAGAUUUACAGACUGGAGUUGUUUCCCAGUGGGGAGGACUAACACAUUCCAGAAUUCAGCAGUGCUGGUCAUUGACUAUGGAAAAGGAUCCGUCAGGGUGGAGAUGAGUGGUCUGCAGAAGAGUGAUGCUGGCUGGUACUGGUUCAGUGCAGGAGAUGUGGGGGUUACUGUUCACCUCACUGUCACUGAAAGACCUUCAACAACAACAGCUGUGACUACAGUUUCUGCCACUGAGAAAACCAGUAUUAGUGAAACCACUUCAGGUUCUACAGCUGUGUCCAAAAAUACAGAGACAGCAACAGUAGAGCUCAAUGGAAAUGCCAUGCUCAUCUGGGCUCUACUGGCUGUAGGCCUGGGGCUGCUGCUGAUUCUGGCCACCAUUAUAACCUGGAUGUUGACAAAAAAGUGCAAUGAAAAUGAAACAGAGACCAGAGGGAGCGUCAGUAACACUGUAGUUCACACAGCACCUAUGACUGAAAGCCCAGUGAUAUACAGCUCUGUGAUACAUAAAAAGAAAAAGCCUUCAUCUGCAUCGGAUCAUGAAAAUGAUGUGAUCUACAGCAAUGCAACCACAACAACCAAACAGAAAACUGUCAGUGAAAAUACAGCCAUUAUCACCAGUAACAGUUCACUGUUUUAAUCACUUGAUAGUUUAAGUUAAGUGGGCAUUAACUGGUUGAAACUUUAAGAGUUUAUGAGAAAAAAAUGUAGCUUUGACCUCAACCUUAUUAAACAUUUAGUUUAGCUGGUGAAAGAGCACUCAGGGUGGUAGGAAUGAGAGAUCCUCCAUUAUUUCUAACCCUGUCCUAUUUUCCAGCUCUCUCAGGCAGUCGGAGAUGAUGAGGUGAUCUACAGCUCUGUGGUUUCAGAGUAAGAGGUGAGAGAGUCUCAGAGUGAGUGUCAAAAUACAAUAGCUAUGGUAUGGUCUGUCAUGGACUGUUAUUCACAUGAAGGGUUCCGUGAAAAAUAAAUUGUACCCCAAAUGUUGUCGAUUGUCGAUCAAUGUUU